CGCAGCUAGUAUAUUGGGGGGGUUAAUAAUUUACCCACGUGGCUUUGCAAAACCCAAAUUUGGAAUCCAGACAUAGCUUCCUUCCGUCCUCGGCCCGGGAGUGGGGGGCCUCUGCCAGUGACUCGCCGUCGGGGAAUUCUCAGUCAUCGUCACCCACGUCGACGAACGACACUGACUUUGACGAUUUUCGUAAAUGGCGGUGAUACCAGGGUCUAUCCAACAGUCAGACGUGAGCGAGGCUUGCGAUACUGCUCACGCAAUGACCUGCAGUGACCGCAUUCUAAGCAUUCAAUCGCACGUUGCAUUCGGAUAUGUCGGCGGUAAAGCUGCAGUCUUUCCCCUGCAGUGCAUGGGAUACGACGUGGAUGUGGUCAAUACUGUAAACUUCUCGAACCAUACUGGGUAUGGAUACUUUGGGGGGACAAAAACGACUGCUGAGGAGCUUAGUAAAAUCUUCGACUCCAUGGACAAGACAGGAGUCCUCACCGCCACACGUCUUUUAACUGGUUACAUUCCAAACGCAGCAGCCCUUGAUGUAGUGCAUCAUCUCGCCCAAAAACUUAAAGUUCGUAAUCCCAAUCUGAUAUAUCUUCUCGACACUGUACUUGGGGACGCAGGCAAACUCUAUGUUGCGGCGGAUGUGAUUCCCGUAUACCGAAAGAUGCUCCCCCUUGCUACCAUCAUCACUCCAAAUUGGUUCGAGGUCGAGACACUAACUGACAUCAAGCUUACUGACCUCGCCUCUCUUCGUGGUGCACUUGUGAAGCUCCACACUGCGUACCAAGUUCCUAACGUUGUUAUCUCCUCUAUCCCGCUUUCUCGUAUCGCUCCCUCCGUUCCUGCACACCUUCUUCCUUUGAGGCCUAUCAACGGCGUCGCCCGGAAUGGGGUUUCGCCACCAUCUGCCCUACCUGACGAGCAACAAUACUUGAUUUGUAUCGUUUCCUCACUUAAUCACGUCCCUUCGGAGGCAACCUCGCCGAUAUCAACCGUAUACGCUCGUUGUGUUCCACUUAUAUCAGGGUACUUCUCGGGCGUGGGUGACCUCUUUUCAGCACUACUUCUUGGUCACUUUCAUCCCGCGUCUACCGGACCGAUGCAUAAUUCCGCGUGCACGAGUCCAUUAGCUACGGCGACAGCUCACGCCCUUUCUAAAACUCACGCUAUACUUUCACUCACGCACCUCGCUGCUUCUGCGGAGUCGCUACCUGCAACGGACGACGAGCUUGACGCACGCGAAUCGGAGCGGAUAACGAGGAGGAUGAAAGGUCGGGAGCUGAGGUUAGUGCAGGGUCAAGAUCUCUUCAGAUCUAAGGAUCCCGUCGAGCCAAUGAUUGUAUGGGAAGGAUUCUGGCAAGAAUAAUCGCUCCGUUAUGCGUAUAGAUGGGCAUUGGCUGGACAUCUAAUAUUAUAAGCUUGCAUGCACAGACAGCUACGUAGCGCAUGAAAUAAGUGUCUCCGGAUGAGAUGCAGAGAACAGAAGUACGUAGCGUCUUCACAUCAACCAGUCAAAUCCAAAUGCCCUACUACCUGUUGCAAUCCUGCCUCUUCGUGCUCCAUAAAGUGACCACGGUCACAAAUAGAUAGCCUUUGAAGCAGCGCACCUGCUUUUGCCGACCUGCGAGAGCGUUGCGCAGAUGCCGUAUACAUGGCAUGCUCGGAUUAGCCCUGCAAUAAACCUCGCGGAGAAAGUAGACCUGCUUGAUCGUGAUAUUCACCAAGGUUGCCAUCCAGUUCUAUCUCACGCACCUGUCCGAAAACAACAGUGGCUGUAUGAAAUGUUCCCGCGCAGAACUACCUUUGUCAAGUGGG